CCCCACUUUUUAUUCACGCGGCUGUACUGCACCUGCCUGCACAUAAACAUAGUCCCUCGCAUUGCAUGUAGGUGCAAAUAUGCCAAUUUGCGGGGCUAGUCAAUUUCAGAUUUCACCCUAGGACAUCCCUAGGACAGAAGCACAGCAAGACACAUAUAAGAAGAGAAUACCCCGUCACUUUUGUAGUAUUGUGGUUUUGGUUUGAAAGAUCAGAAGUCGAAAUCCCAUCCCAUCAUGCCUGUGUCUAUGACCUCGUCCGUGCAUUCGGAGCUUGUGAGAAACCAUAAUAAAAAUGCUAUCAAGCCUCCAUCAUUGACCGCAAGAUCCAUCAAAAAGUAUUUUGCCACUAGAUUCUCGACGCUUUUUGUAUCGAAAGAAGAAAGGGCACAAUACACAUGGAGCCAAAUGCUCAACCCAUUUGGAGAUUUAAAGCACAUGACUUUGAGAAAUUGGAACUUCUUCUUCAUGGGUUUCGCAGCAUGGACAUGGGACUCGGUCGAUUUUUUUGCUGUUUCUUUGAACGCCAGCAGUAUGGCAGAAACAUUUGACAGAAGCGUCAAGGAUGUCACGUGGGGUAUUACUUUGGUGUUGAUGCUAAGAUCGGUGGGCGCCUUGCUUUUUGGGUACUGGGGUGACCGGUACGGUAGAAAGUGGCCCUAUGUUAUCAACUUGAGUUUGUUGGUAGUUCUUCAAAUCGGCACUGGUUUUGUGCAGACAUAUGAGCAAUUUUUGGGAGUACGUGCAAUUUUUGGUGUUGCCAUGGGUGGUGUGUAUGGGUUCUCGUUGGCCACAUCUUUGGAUGAUUCUCCGGUCGAAUGCAGAGGUGUAUUAUCGGGUAUAUUCCAAGAAGGAUACGCGUUUGGAUAUCUCUUGGCGGUGAUUUUCAAUCGCGCCAUCACUGAUAAUUCACCACAUGGAUGGAGAGCAUUGUUCUGGUUUGCAGCGUGUCCACCUGUUCUCUUCAUUGCAUGGAGAUUGUGGCUUCCAGAAACCGAAACAUACCGUCGUCAAAGAGGGGUUGCUAAGGCACGAAAGAAACUAGAAGGCCAUUUGAAAUGGUAUCAGCCCUCGGAAGACACAAAAGACGCUUUGAAAAGAUAUUGGCUCACCAUGAUAUAUUGUGUGUUGUUGAUGGCUGGCUUCAAUUUUAUGUCCCAUGGAUCGCAGGACUUGUACCCCACACUUCUUUCCAAACAGCUCGAGUUUGGCGAGGACAGAUCAACAGUCACCAAUGCCGUUGCCAACUUGGGCGCCAUAUUUGGUGGAACUGUUUGUGGACACGCCUCGACAUUCAUUGGAAGACGCUUGACGAUCAUCUGUGCUGUCAUACUAGGUGGAGCAAUGAUCUAUCCAUGGGCGUACUUGAAAAGUUCUGCCAUCAACGCAGGCGCCUUCUUUAUGCAAGCAGGCGUACAAGGAGCAUGGGGUGUGAUUCCCGUUCAUUUGUCCGAGCUUUCGCCACCAGCUUACAGAUCUUUGGUUGUGGGAUUGUCUUACCAAUUGGGUAACAUGGUUUCAUCGGCAUCUUCGACUAUUGAGUCCAGUCUUGGCGAACAAUUCCCAAUUACUACGACAUCCGGCGAAGCUGCCUACGACUACUCCAAGGUGAUGAGUAUUUUUGUCGGCUGUGUGUUUGGAUAUGUCUUAAUUGUCACGCUUGUAGGACCAGAAAAGCGGGGCGUCGGAUUUGAGACAGAGGGUGUCUUGAUCCAUGCAGAGGAAGCAAUACCAACAGGUCAUGUAAGUGAAUCUGGACUUUCAAAACGCGAGGCAAUAUAUCUGGAAAGCUCUUCCAGCCUGUCGCAAUGAACCUGGGCUAAGAAUCUACAUGAUGGGCAAUAUUGUGGUAUUUCUGUCUUGAAAUAUGGUGUUGGUUUCAGGAUGGCUUUUACAGAUGGUUUCUUGGGCGCUAUGGUGUGAAUAUACUUCGAGAAGGAUG